AAUGGUGGUGUUGAUUUGAUCAUUAUUGAUUUGAUUGGAUCCAGAAACAGUAACGCCACAUUGGUUAUAAUGAUGAUGAGUGCGUUUUUUUGUUGAUUACCUAAACAAACAUGACAAUAGAAAGAGAACAAGACACAAUGGAUAACAAUACUGAUGAUAAUCAACCAUGUUCAUCAUCCAUUUUGAUACGCCGAAAGAGUAAUCAAUCCAUCAAAUCUUCUCCACAACGUUCAGCCGUCGGCGUCGUGAGUAACGUGCCGACUUCAUCAGCAUUAUCAUCGAAAACGACGACAAGAAGAUAUCGUCAUUUGGAGGAAGAUCGUCAUCUUGAUACAAACGAAUUAGAAUCGAUUGAAACUGCUAGUGCUACUAGUCCAUUGAUAAUGUCGGAUGCCAUGGAAUCACCAAAAACUUCAUCGCCUAGACAUGAUGGUUUAGCUUUGGUAAACCGUCGUCAUUAUGAUCGUGUCUAUUACUUUAGCCAGUUGAUGGCCCUGUUCAUAUUCAUUCUGGUAUUGAUAUGGCUGAUUGAGCAUUUGGGUGGCAUCGGUUUCUCCAGCCCGGCCCAAACCUUUAAUUUUCAUCCAUUGUUCAUGGUUCUUGGUUUCAUUAUCAUCUACAGUAACUCCAUGUUAAUCUAUCGAUCAUUUCGGAUGGAAUUGAAACAUAAGCUGAAACUAUUCCAUACAAUAAUGAAUGGAUCGGUCAUGUUUAUAUCGUUUUUCGGAUCAAUAGCAGCCGUCUAUUUCCACCAGAAAGCUAGUAUAACGCAUUUUUAUUCCUUGCAUUCGUGGUUGGGAAUUUCUACUUGGUUAAUGUUUGUAACACAGUUUUGUUCCGGUUUCGUUGCAUUCUUAUUUCCUGGUGCAUCAUUUUCACUGCGUAAAAUGAUGAUGCCAUAUCAUCGUUAUUUUGGAAUCGCUACAUUUGCGUUAGCAUCGGCUACAUGUUUGACUGGCAUAAACGAGAAAGCUAUAUUUGCAUUCAAAAAUCCAUCAUAUAGCUCGAUGGCAUGGAAUGGCAUAUUGACCAAUAUGAUUGGUUUAUUAUUAUGUUUAUAUGGGGGCACUAUCAUCUAUUUGGUCACCAAACCAGAAUAUCAACGACGACCAUUACCUGAAGAGCAAGUGAUAAAUCUUAGCUUUGAUUUGGCAUCCAAUAAUUGACAUAUUUUUUUAUUUUUUCUUUUUUUUAUUAUUUGCGUAUGAUUAUUUUUGCCAUUGAAUUGGUUAUGAUUGUCUGGAUGCAACCAACAACACCCAAAACCAAAAACAAACAAACAAACCAUUCAUCACCGUAUAGAAUGACAGGACCGAACCGUAGAUCC